GCGGCUUUUGAACCCGGAAGCAGUAAGCCGGCGCUCGGAAGCGGCGGGAACGCGGGCCUCGGCGCGCUGCGGCUGCGGGAUGGUCGGCAGUGGCAGCAAACGCCGGCCGGCCGGGGCGGGGCCGCAGGGUGAAAAGACCAUUGAGGUGAAGAAGAGUAAGUUUUCUGAAGCCGAGGUCUCCAGUGACCUUCGCAAAGAAGUCGAAAAUCUUUAUAAACUUUCACUGCCUGAAGAUUUCUAUCAUUUCUGGAAGUUCUGUGAAGAACUUGAUCCUGAAAAGCCAGCUGAUGCACUUGCCACAAGCCUGGGUCUUCGGUUAGUGGGUCCUUAUGAUAUCCUUGCUGGGAAACAUAAAAUGAAGAAAAAACCCACAGGCUUGAACUGUAAUCUUCACUGGAGGUUUUACUAUGAUCCUCCUGAGUUCCAGACCAUUAUUAUUGGAGAUAAUAAAACUCAGUACCACAUGGGGUAUUUCAGGGAUUCUCCUGAUGAACUUCCUGUAUACGUGGGUACAAAUGAAGCAAAGAAAAAUUGUAUAAUCAUUCAGAAUGGGGAUAAUGUGUUUGCUGCCAUCAAAUUAUUUUUAAUGAAAAAACUCAAAGAAGUAACAGAUAGAAAGAAAACUAGCAUUUUGAAAAACAUAGAUGAAAAACUCACAGAAGCAGCCAGAAAACUAGGAUACUCACUGGAACAGAGAACCGUGAAGAUGAGACAGAGAGAUAAGAAGGUUGUGACAAAGACUUUUCAUGGUGCAGGCUUGGUUGUUCCAGUAGAUAAAAACGAUGUUGGUUACCGAGAGCUCCCUGAAACAGAUGCUGACCUUAAGAGAAUCUGCAAGGCAGUUGUCGACGCAGCAAGUGAUGAGGAGAGACUGAAAGCAUUUGCUCCCAUUCAGGAGAUGAUGACUUUUGUGCAGUUUGCUAAUGAUGAGUGUGAUUAUGGCAUGGGGCUGGAAUUAGGAAUGGACCUCUUCUGCUAUGGCUCUCACUAUUUUCACAAAGUUGCUGGUCAGCUUUUACCUCUUGCAUAUAGUCUAUUGAAGAGGGAUCUGUUUGCAAAAAUUAUUGAGGAUCAUCUGGCAAGCAGAAGUGAAGAGAACAUAGACCAGCUCGCAGGAUGAGCACGCUGCCGUUGGUGCGGUGCUUUCAGGAGGACCAAUAUGAAUCCCAGCAAGAUUUAUCAAGAUCUAAUGAAAGGGAAGAGCCAGCUUUUCAUCCAUGCCACCCACAAGCCUCACAUGGAGCUGUGUUUCCAGAAGCUGUGCUACCUUAUCAGCCAAGACAUGGACACAGAACAUGACUAUUAUCUGUGGGCUGAAAAUUAGCUCAGCCUCAGAGCACUUUGUCUAAUGUGAGGCCCUAGGCUUCGUUCCAGGAUUAUUUACACAGCAAUUAUAAUUGGAUGUAAUGAGGAUAAUGAGAUAACUGAUCUUUCAGUUACAGAACACUUUCAUUAAAGAGCAAGCUCCCUGUUAGAGAAUUUGGAGCCUGCCUUUCUCACCAUUUUCCUUUACUGAAGGCAGGCUGAAUUGAAUGAAUACUAUGCAUAUUUAACCUAGGGAUCUGACUGGAACACAUUUUAAAUGCCUGAGCACAUUCAUGAAUCACUAUGACCCAAUCAGAAUUGUUCCCCAACUUAAAUCCAUUUUCUUACUUUUUUGGGCCCAAUGAUGGAAUUUCUAUGUUAACCUUACAAGUAUUUGUUUUGAACCAUGCCCCUAUAAUGACCUAAACUCACAUUAGCUCAAAACUGACCUUGUAAUGGUAUUGUCUCUAAACCAUCCUACCAGAAUUCUUUCAUGGAUGCGGUGUACAGACCUCAGUUCCCAGACUGUUUUUUAGACUAGGGUUUGACACUGGAGCUGGUCAGUACCAACACUGAAACUUCACAGUUCCAAGCAUCGUCCUACUUAAAUAUUACUCUCCACACUCCAUCUUCCUCUAGUACCCCAUUUUUCCAACCUGACUAAUCUCCUUCACCCAGCUUUUAGGUUCAAUUUCCAUCAUCAUGCAUCCCUCAACUAUGCUGCAUUUAUGUUAGUACCCAGAACCAAAUAAACUACAUUUUACCUGAAUUCUCCUCAGAACCAAGUAGCUAGAAAAAAGAAAAGCAGCUGUGUCACACUGAGGUUAUUUUAACCUCAGGUGGCUAUUUUGGAUGCCCACGGUAACUAGUUCUUUUUCAUCUCCCUCAUCCUCAGUUAAUGUCACAGAAAAAGUGGCAGCAAUCAAAACAGACUUAAUGGCACACCUUUUACAUUUGUCUGUUUCCAAGAUCUUAUCCUCUUUAUCCUACACAAGGACCCGCCCACACACAGCAUUCAUUUCCCCCUCAUUUCCAUAAUUAGAAGCUAUAUAAUUCCCUACACACCUUAAAUUCUGAUCUAAAACUAUUCUCUCAGACCAACAGGAAAAGCUAUGCCCUGCAUCUUAUUUCCUGAACUCUCUCUUCUGCCUAAUAGACCCAUUCCACUAUCACUGCCACCAUUCCAUAAAACACUCAGGCAGGUCAUCAGUAUGCUCACACGGCCCAACUUUCAGGUCUUGCUUCACCUAUCAGUAAAUACCUGACUGCUGAGGACUCCUUGAAACUCCUUUAUUUGGUUUAUAUCAUUGUUUUUCAACAGUACCCCUUUCCACCUCAUUGACAAUUCUUUUGCUGUCUCAUUUCACCAUUGAUUCUUCUGCCUCUUCUCUGUCUUAACUUUAAUCCAUAUAAUUUCACCCUGUUUCUGGAACGUACCUCUCAUUUAGCUUAAGGCUAUUAUUUAACUUAAAUAUUACAUAUGUAUUAGUUCCUACUUAUAAUCCCACUACUAAAACAUAAUGGAGAAAGAGGGAGGAAAGGAGUGAUGGAAGGGGAGGGAAGGAGAGAAAGAGAAGAGAGAGAGAAUGAGAGCAAGCUAGCUCAGCAGUUAAGAGCAUUUGCACCUAUUCCAGAGACCUAGAGUUUAGUUUUCACCACCCAGAUCUGGUGGCUCACAGCUACCACUGGAAACUUGAGUUUCAAAGAUACCUGCACUCAUUUGUGCAUAAACACACAAAAUAAGGGGCUGGAGAGAUGGCACAGUAGCUAAAAGCAUGUACUGUUUUUAAUAGAAGAGUCAAGUUCAGUUCUAAACAUACACAUUAGAUGUAUCACAACUGCCUGUAACUCCAGCUCCAGAGGGUCUGACAUCUGCCCUCCUUGGGCACUUGCACACAUUCAGCUUAAACUACACACACACACACACACACACACACACACACACACACUUCCAAACCAAAAAAGAAAACCCCCUUGGUAUUGGGCUGACAAGAACUUUCCAGCAGGCCUUACAGCCUGAGUUUGAUCUCUGGAUCCCACAUGUUGACAGGAGAGAACUGAGGGUUGUCCUCUGACCUCCACAUGCAUUCGAUGGUUUGCACAUGCCCUCUUAUAUAUACACAAAAUAGACACGACCUAAUGUCUAAACCCAUUAGGUGGCACUGAUCUAGAUUCUUCCUGUAGCCUUUUCCAGUCCAUGUCAUUCUGUCAUCAUCCUAAAAACCUAAAUUUGCACCUAUUCUAGAGAACUACAGUUCUCUUGAGCACACCACAAAUCCUUUUCACUUUCACUAUCUCUAGAAUAAUAACAUUUCCAUUACAGUUAACUUCCAAUAAACAGUAAGUGGAAUAUACAUGAUAAAA